UCUCUAAGAUUGUGCCUUGAUAGAGUGUAUAGAACAGUGUACAGUGUGUAGAACGCAGGAAACAAGAGUAAAGUAAUUACAUAACGAAAUGUGCAAGCAAAACCCGGAGAAGAAAACAAGAUAAUUUAAAAGCCCAUGCAUGCGGCGUGUACGUAUAGAAUAAAGAUUUAGCGCAGUUUAUCGAUAAAGAACAGAACAGCUAGCAAGACGCAGAGAAAGACAAUAUAAAAAAGAACACGGUACAUAAAUAUAAAGAUAAGUUCGCGAAGAUAGUAAUAUAGCUUGUAUGACGCACAGAAAAAUAACGUAAAAAAGUACACGAUACAUAGAAAUACGGAUAAGUUUGCGGACAGAGAAUACAAAGCACGUGAGAGUAACAGUUCACAGAAAUGUGCAUCACGAGACACAGCAUCGCAAACACGGCACGCGAGGACACCAGUUACUCGUCACGGCGCAGAUGGCAGAAGAGGGCACGUCGAAACGCGGACAGGAAUUCUGAUGUCUUAACAUGCGUUGGGAUAGAGUUCUAUAAGAAGGAAGCAGCGCAGAAGAAGGAUGAUUGGUAUAUGGAAGUUCUGCAAGUGGGUACUGCAAGGUCGAGCGGUGACGCACGUGAGGCAGCGCGGGAUCUGGUGCAGGAUCGGAAGUUACAGGCGAGGUAGGCAGAAACAUCUCGGAGACACCAAACAUGGAGCGGAGAAGAGGAGGCAUCCGACGAGAUAGGUCCUUUUGCCAUCGGCAGCCAUCCCAGGGUGUUAAGAAAAUAGGUUUUAUUACUAAAGAGAAUUCGUGACCAUGUCAAAUGGUCUGGCAACAUACGCAUUCGAAUGGGCUUUUGUUGACUCCGAUGUUGUUUUCUUAAGAGUUUCGGAGCAUUUCUAUCUAUCGAUCGGCACGCUCAUGUUUGGACAUGCAUUGUAACUAUUUGCGUUCUUAAGGCAUUGUCGUCAACCGGUUCGGGGCCAUCCCUCUCACUUAGCAAAGGGCUGUCUUCACUUCAGCUGCCUAAGCGUUUUUAGUGUUUCUUGUCAUUUAUUGGAAAUUGCGUAAAAUACGUCAACUUACUCGACAAUUUCUUCUCCAAUUAACUAUCGAAAUAAAAGCGCCGUAAGGAGAAUCGAGUGGGAAAUCUGUUGCGAUGAAAAGUUUGUCAGCUUUGUGCAGACAGUCUUUCGGAUACUUCUCUCGAGUUGCGUUAUGAAUAUUAUCUUUCGGAUACUUCUAUUGAUCAUAGUUGCAAGUAGAGUCUGUUCGGCUACUUCUCAAUUUUGGUUGCUAGUACAGUAUACAGUAGAAAUUGUAAAUGAGUGCGAUAUGCGAUAUAACGUUCUGAGCAGACUUAUAUCCUUGUGCGAUUAGCAUGUGUAUACGCAUUUACAUCAUUGAGCGUUGCAUCACCCUCUACUACCCCGAGGAUCAAACGACACACAAUCCAGGGGGAGAAGCGGCUACCUGCCGCAUUCACUUACGAAAACGGCCCCCUUGCUGAGCUGGGUCAAAGACUGUCGGCGUCAACCACCUGUGACUCACAUUCAACGACACAGGGAAGUCCUUCUCUUUACAAAUUCGGGUCACUCUUACCGAAGUGACAACUCACGAAAUUUGCGUAAGACUACCCCGCAUUUGUAGAUCUGAGUUUACCCGCGUCCUGAGGCACUCUUUAGAACGAAUUGCCUCCAGAACUGAUCUUGCGAAUCAGCGGUAAUAUCAACCUCACACGCACCACGCUAUCGAGCGUCCGCAGAUCCGAGUUUACUUGCGUCCUGAAGCACUCUUUAGAACAAAUCGCCUUAGGACUGAUCUGCCGGACAUACCUUUUACAAAAAUUACAGAAGCUUGAGAAAGCAACGGGCUCUCAAGAGAGCAUUACGCUUUCCAACAAAUCUUGUAUAGCAAAAUCUUUACGUUCCUUGUAAUGAUUGAGGGAGUAUUGGGUUCUUAAGAGAUUAUAACGCUAAUAGAACUUAGCAGAGCGGAACCGUUUCUUUGUAAUAAACUCUAGUUUACGAUUGCGACAACGUUUUAAUCUAUACCAGGAAAGUGCACCGUGCAUAGCGAGAACACAAGCCGAGUGCGCAGCGCGGUCGAGAGACAGCCUUGAUGGAGUUUUAGUCUCCAUAAGACACCGUUAACCUUGCGAAGGACGCCAAGAUUUGUCGCUUGGUCGACAAACUCUAUCGGCGUGCCAUUCAGCUUUAGCGAGAUAAUGGCGCUUGCCCGGAUAGUUUAUGAAACGAGCAUUAUAAAAGAGGAAUGCCUUAGUUUUCCGUGCGUUGGGAGUGAGGCCGUUGACGGUGGCCCAACGCUCGAUAGUGGCAAUGUCUUUGCCGACUCUUUCCACAGCGGAAUUGAGGUCGCAAAGAGGGAAGUGGAGAUAGAUCUGGAGGUCAUCAGCGUAUAGGAGGUGUCGGCUGUGCACGAUGGAAAAGCGAAGGUCGUCAAUGAAUAUAAAGAAUAGGAGCGGGUCUAAAAUUGAGCCCUGAUGCACGCCUGAAGAGAUGGGUGACCACGAAGAGUUAGAUCCUCUCACACGCUGAGAUCUGCUAGAAAGGUCCUUGGAAUUUUGUUGAACAAAAGGAACAUUCUAAUAUUAGUGCUAAUGUAAGCGACGUUACUGUUAUGCACGAAAUACUGAAUAGAAUGUACGGUUGUUCUUUGGUGCAAGUGCAGCACGGCAUAGUCUUAUCGGUAUCGAACGGUAUAUUAUCCGAAAUACAUUGCAAUCUCGUGCCAGUUCAUUUCAUUAUAGAAACGCCAUCUGCCUUUAUAAUAUUUUACGAGCAGACUGCUACCUAUUCUCUUCGUGAGUGUGUAAUGUAUAGUCCUGCUGCUCUUAGUACAAGCCAUGGAAAACCAUUGUUUGUAGUCUAUCAAUUAUUGAGAUUAUCCAGAGAUUUGCAUGAUCGUGGUCUUGUGUUGGGAAAAAUUACACUUAGUGACAUAUUAGUUACGAAAAAUUUUACUAUUCAGGUACUGCCAAAAUUAGACGAUAAUAUUUAUUUAAAAUCUGAUGGCGAAUGUACAAAUCAAUGUACAACAAUAUCUCAAGAAAAUAAAAAGGAAAUUUUUAUUAGUAAUGUUUACGACAAAAAAAAUGAUGCAAAUCGUUUAAAUAACAUUAAUUUUGAUUUAAAUGAAAAUAUUGAAAAAUUAUGUGAGAUGUGGAUGUACAAUUGUAUAAGCAACUUUGAUUAUUUAACUGCGCUCAAUAAUUUAGCUGGUAGGAGAUAUGGUAAUCCCAGCUGUCAUCAUGUUAUGCCUUGGGUGACGGAUUUUACUUUGAGAAACGGCGGAAACUGGAGAGACCUGACAAAAUCGAAAUUUCGAUUAAACAAAGGAGACAGACAGUUGGAUCUUACAUUCGACUCACAAUCAACUGAGGUUGGACAUCAUGUAUCCGAUGUUUUGUCGGAGAUUACAUAUUAUGUGUAUCUUUCACGUCGAUAUAAUAAAUCUGUGCUUUGCAAACAUGUACGACCGUUGUGGGUACCUGGAGAGUAUCCAAGCUCAAUUCAGAGACUACAUGAUUGGAGUCCCGAUGAGUGCAUACCGCAAUUUUUUACAGAUGCUAGUGUUUUUAAGUCUAUCCAUGAGGAUUUACCAGAUUUAGAAAUUCCAGCAUGGGCAACUUCUCCGGAGGAUUUUAUUGAAAAACAUAGAGAAGCAUUGGAAAGCUUUUAUGUUUCGGAAAGACUACAUCACUGGAUAGACUUAACCUUCGGCUACAAAUUAUCCGGUUCUGCGGCUGUAAAAUCAAAAAAUGUUUGUCUACAAUUGGUGGAUAACCAUACCGAUUUAACUAAUUUUGGUGUGGUGCAACUUUUCACACAACCACAUCCACAAAAAAUUAUUCCAUCUCCCUAUUGGGGUAAAGUACCACCACGUCUUCGAUCGACACUUUCAACCAAUAAAAGUAAAAGUGAUCAAGUUACUAGUAAAAUUAGCGAUGACGAAGACCAUAGUUCUGGUAUUGAAGAGGAAGAAUUAUCAAUGGCGAUAAUGAACACAUCAAGGUCAUCUCCUCUUGUAUUAAGUCGCUUGUUGAAUCGUUCCAGAGGUUCUUUAUUAUUGGAAGACAAUGUUAAAUCGGAUAAAUCAAAUAAUCAGCCUAUUAUUCUUCCAAAGGAUUUUAAUCCUGUUGCGGCACUUGUACAAGUGGAAACUACGCAUGCUUUUAUGCACAAAAUCAACCAUCAGAUUUACAAACCUGUUAUAGGAUCGCAUGAUCCUUCCACAAAUUACAAACAAAUUGUAGCCAGUGGACGUAUUAAAGAGCAACAGAUACUUGGUUGUUUGAUAGUGGAAAUAUUUCUAGCCAGCAAAUUCCGUGCGACUUGGAACGUUGAGAAAAUGUCAUUUGUACAGAGAUUUACGACGUGUCUAAAUAUUUUGAAGACAUCGACGGAUAAUUUACCGAAAUGUAUAAGAAACAUCGUAUCUUUGUUAUUGCAAAUUAAUAUUACGCCGAAAAGUUAUAAUGUAAAUAAUGUAGAAAUGAAUGACAUUUCAACGAUGAACGAGGCUUUUUUUCGUUAUCCAACAAUAACAUAUAUGGGUCUUCCACCACCGUCUGCCCAUCAAUUUCUUCAACCAAUUUUAUCUGGCAGUCUGUUCCCGUUUUCUAAAUACUGUCAAUACUUGUAUAAUAUUGUGGAAAUGUUGCAAAAAUAUAACGAUCUUAUACGAGAAUUAAAUUCUGUCGUAAACAUUGACGACGAAGCAGAUUUUACAAUAAAAACAAAGAUGAAGUAUCUGUGUAAGAUUAGUGAAUGCAAAGUGAAAGCAAUCGCUAGAGAAUUAGAUCGGCUAUUACCUUACGCUGGUGAUAUGAGAGAGGCCACUUUGCAAUUAAUAGUGCCUCAUAUUAUACAAAUUAUGGAGGAACCUUAUAGCGCGGUCUUGUCAGUAUGGUAUCUGUUUGAACCUAUUGCAAAAACGUUGGGUCCAAAGGAUACAGCUGAGGCAUUUCUUCCAUCUAUUAUGAAACUGUAUGAGAAUGGGUCUAUCAUGGAUACCGCGUUGUACACUGAUAUUAUACCCAUAGGAACAAUUACAAAGUUUCGAACUACUCGAUUAUAUCACAGAAUGUUCCUGCUGAAACUGAUAGUCAGAUUAGGACUACGUAGAUUUUUGGAUAAUUUUAUAAAUCCGUUGGUAGAAGCAGUGGGAGGCUACAAGGAUUAUAUACAGGGCUCGGUCAACACAUGCACACAUAGGACUAUGAAUUUAAAGAGCUGCGAUUUGAGUGGACCUUGCAGCGAGGGAGAAGGUAUUUUAUCUCCAUUAGAUGAAGAUUCAUUUGGAGAAAGUGAGCACAAUGUUCCAUCUUCUAUACCAGCGACCAACGAUUAUACAUCUAACGUAACGACAAAUGAUGAUAUUGAAGAGGUAUUUGCCAUGGAAACGGAAGACAAUUCAUGGAUAUCUUUAAAUAACACCACACCGUACGAUAUGGACUUACACAUUGAUCUUAAUUUGAACACCUGUGAUGAUUUAAAUGACGACAGCAACAAAGCUUCACCAAGUGGUUCCAUCAAAUCACCAACAAUCCCGAUACCUAAACAAUCGAAUACCAAUGGAGGUAAAUUAAUAACCGAGUUCAAUAGUAUUGGCUGCAAUGUCGGCAGCAAAACUUCCAGUGAAGAUUUUACUUACGUCAGCACGUACGUCACAAAUAUCCAUUCCGAUAGUAAUCUCUCGGAAAAUAUAUACCGUUUAGAUAUCAAGGAGAACAAUCCUAUGAAUCUCGAUAACGUGAUUAAAUCCGAUGAAAAUUUACAUUAUUUGGAUCACAUUUAUCAAAAAUCUGUUUUAAGUGAAUGCACGAUUUCCGAGAUGAGCGGGGAAUCUGUUAUCUGGUUGUCUCAUAGACUGGGUCCAGUACUUACGGCGCGAUACUUAUCGCGAAAUCUUCUGAGAAUGUUGACGUUAUGUUACGCCGGUAAGGAAAAUUUAAUGCCUAUAGACAACGAGAAUUUUAUGCAUCUAGAAGACACUACAUGGAAAAAACCAAUAUUAACCGGUGAUCGGAAUGCUGUUAAAGUUUUAGAAUGCCUCACAGCUAUUGCAGGAUUGUACGGAGAACAAAUUAUAUUGCUGCAAUAUUUCGCGCAUAUAGUUGAACUACUAGCAUUAUGUAAGAGAAAGUUAACACAAAAUUUGGAAGGAGGCCUAAUUUCCUGUUUGGCUCUAUUAAAUCACAUCACAGCAUAUCUCAGCGAUUCUACGGUGAUGGACGUGCUUCAUGAGCCAAUUGUUAAAUCUAUAUUACAUCCAACGAUACGCAUAUUAUCAACCGCAAGAUUUACAUUUCCAAAUGGAACGCUUGCGCGUGUCGCCUUGGCUGAAAAGUGCUUGGAAGCGAUGUCAACUCUCAGCUUACGACUUGGCAGUGUGAUCACGAAGAAUCAUUUGGCAGUACCAAUACAGCGCUUUUUUCUGGCUUUUGACAAAGUUUUUAGUGAGAAUUUAGAUAGCAGAAUUCCGUCCAAUAAUUUUAGACAAAAAGCAGAAGCAAUCUGCGAACACUUUGUAUGGACAAAAGCUGAAAAUGAAGAAUCUAUUAAUGAUGGAACUCACGUAUGGAACAAACUUGAUAUGGAUAUUGUAGAUUCAUAUUCCCCGCCGAUCGUAGAAAAUAGCGAUGUGCAAAAUUUACAAAGGAAUAAAGCAUUUGAAGAACUACGAGCUGUUUUCACUAUUGGGUUUGCUUAUAAAGCGUACAUGCUAUUUUAUAGGUGUAUCGAUAGUGAAAUGAUGGAGCAUAUACUUAAAAACUACGAGCAUAUACAAGAACUUUGUCACAAUUAUGAACAAGAAAUAAAAAUAACCUCCGUCAAUAACGAUAAACACAAUAUUUCCAUGAACUGCGAUGUGACGGAGGAUGUUGAAUCACUUGAGAAAGUUGCUUGCAGCUUUGGAAAUAUAUCUGUGAUCGGAAAUAGAUUCGAGAUACAGAAAGACGAUGUGAGAUCUCAAUUGGUAACGGAAACAAAUCUCGUUGCCAACCGCGAAUCGACUUGUCCAUCGUCCGCUGAUAGACAAUUACGUGGUAAUUGGCUAGCCUACUGGGAACACGAGAUAGGAAGACCAGAGAAAGACACGAUAUUCAAUAUAAAGCAGAUAAAACUCCAGACUUUUAACGGACAUACAAACAGCGUAAGGUGUCUUUACGUAUUGAACAAUGAAAACAGUUUUAUGAGUGGUGGCAGGGACAAAACUGUGAAACUGUGGAGUUUACGAAGUCAGGGUGAUGGAACUACAGUCUCAUCGUGCCAAUACACAUAUACAGGACACAAAAAGUCUAUUCUUUCGCUUACAUUCUUGGAAUCUCUGAGAUAUGCUGUAACAUGUGAUGGCGCAAUUCAUUGUUGGGAUCCUUUUAUGGGUUCGCUUCUGGGUUGUCCGGAAAGUAACCGUCCCGUUCCUGUGAACACUCUAGCUUCAAGUCCUUCUCCAUCUACGACUCUUCUCGUGGGGACAACAGACAUUACUCUUAGAGUUAUUGAUUGCAGAACUUUCCAGUAUGUUAAUGAAAUGAAGAUUUCCAUGAAUCCGACUGGCUUAAUAAGAUGUAUCGCAGUAUCGCCUAAUGGUAAUUGGGUCGCCUUGGGCCAAGCAUCAGGCUUCUUGACAAUCCUCGACAUUCGUACCGGUCUGAUCAUCGCGUCUUGGAAGGGACAUGAAUGCGAGAUAUUACAAUUAGAAGCGAUAAAUGAAACCACUAUAGUUAGUUCUUCUCUGGACCAAACUAUAGCCGUAUGGAGUGCGAUAGAUGGAAAACUAAGAUUUCACAUGAAAGGAGCGACAGAGCCUGUUCAUUGCAUGGCAAUGCACGAACAGGCCUUGAUAAUAGGAACAACAGCCAAUCGAAUUGGGGUUUAUACCGGUAUAGAAGUGACUGCGUCAUUAAGCUCAUCCAAGUUAAGAUCCGACGCUUUUAAAGGCAUUCUUACUGCCAUGACUGUCCUCCCUCUCAAUCGAUUAUUAUUGUUAGGCGCUGAUAACGGUGGGAUAACAUUGCUGUGUUAAGAACAACUAUUUGGAGAACAUAUGCGAAUAUAUGAAUUUAUAUUAUUAAAUGUAAUAAUGAGGAAUAAAAAAGUAUAUGUAAUUUAUCCACAAAA